CCCUCCUCCCAUUCCAGUCUAGAGACACUCUCACGUUCCUCAAACAAGUCCCUGACUGAGCUCACCAUGGCUACCCCUACAACCACCACAGCGCUCGUCCUCCACGGCGCCAAAGACCUUCGUCUAGAAUCCCGACCCCUCUCUCCGCCCCAAGGCAACGAAGUCCAAGUCGCCGUGCGCGCCACCGGCCUCUGCGGCUCCGACCUCCACUACUACACCCACGGGCGCAAUGGCGACUUCGUCGUGCGGGCGCCCAUGUGCCUGGGCCACGAGUCCUCGGGCGUGGUGACGGCGAUCGGGCCCGAGGUGACCAGCCACCAGGUCGGCGACCGCGUCGCGAUGGAGGUCGGCCUGCCGUGCCGCCAAUGCGCGCUCUGCCGCCAGGGCCGCUACAACAUCUGCCUCAACAUGCAGUUCCGCAGCAGCGCCAAGGUCUUCCCGCACCUGGACGGCACGCUGAUGGAGCUGACCAACCACCCGGCGGACAUGUGCCACAAGCUGCCGGAGAGCGUUUCCUACGCCGGGGGCGCGCUGGUCGAGCCCCUGGCCGUGUGCCUGCACGCGAUCCGGCGGUCGCGGCCCCCGACGCGGGACGAGGUCGCGCUCGCGCAGUCGGUCGGCGAGAAGACCCCGGCGCUGAUCUUCGGCGCGGGGGCCAUCGGCCUCCUGCUGGCCGCCGCGCUGGCCGUCUCCGAGAACUUCUCCUCCAUCCUGGUCGCCGAUAUCGAUGCCUCGCGGCUGGCCAUCGCCGAGUCGCUCGGCCUGGGGCUCAAGACCGCCCUGAUCCCCAAGGCCGAUCCCGCCAGCUCGCCGCCGCCGCCCCCCAAGGACGCGCCGCACGCCGAGCAGACGACGUAUGCCCUACAGAACGCGCAGCGGGUGGCCGCGGCGCUGAAGGAGGCGGGCGGUGCGACGUCGGGAUUCGCCCGCGUGUAUGACUGCACGGGCGUGCCGGCCUGCGUGCAGGCCGGCAUCUAUGCUGCGGCUUCCGGUGCGGUGCUGGUGCAGAUCGGGAUGGGGAACCCCAUCCAGACCCUGCCGGUGGGCGCGGCCGCCCUGCGCGAGGUCGAUAUCAUCGGGGUCUUCCGGUAUGACGGCUAUGCGUACCCCGCUGCUAUCGCGCUGAUGGCUAGCGGGAAGUUUGACACUGUGGAGCAGCAGGUUGUGACGCACCGGGUCAAGCUUGCGGAUGGGGAUCGGGCCUUCUCGCUGGCGGGUAAGGGUGUCGAUGAAGAGGGUAAGCCUGUCGUUAAGGUCGUUAUCGAGAGCUGAGCGGGCAUGUUUCUUUCCUGUUUGAUUUGUUGUAUGUUCUAUUAUGAUUAUACCCGGGAGAUGGUGGGGCAUGAAAAAUUUAUGAUGCGGCGAGCGAUUAUGGUGUUACGAUGCAUGGUGGUGUAGAUGUUUGCAUGGAGAUAGAGAUUAUCAUAGCUGUCAAUCAGUUUGAGCUUACCCAGGUGAAGAUAGAAUGAACCAGAAUGAUUUGAUAUUUUCGACCGACUCAAGAUGUCGUGGAUUCGUAUUACUGCCCAAAUGCCUAAAUCGCUAAGGCUGAAUACCAUCAAAGCACAACGAAGUGGAGAAGAAAAGGCAAGUGACACGGUCGUGACCGUGUUGAGGCCUUGUUUAUUGCCUGAGGCGGGAAUGACAGGCAGCAGAUCGUCAAGUCUAUACGCGGCUGGGUUUCCAUAAGGAGAUCUGGGUUCAAAUCCUGUUCCCGGCAGUCUCGC